AUGAUGUCAGCGAGGCUACUAGGACAAAGCUCAACGGCCUCGAGGCAAACGACCGCUCAGCUCAUCAGGACCUUCCGCAGCCACAAUGCAGGACUUCGAUCUUGCUUUGUGGCUAUACAGUACUGUCGAAACGCCCCAUCUGGCCAACGUCACUUCUCCUCUUCACCACAGCCGGGCAUCAAAGACUUCUUUGAGAAAUGUGCCACAGAUAAGGUCCGCAGGACUCCUACCGCAUGGCCACAUCCAGCAUACACCGAAGAGCAGAUGAACCAGGUCCAGAUUGCCCAUCGUGAAGCUCAAACAAUAUCUGAUAAACUUGCUCUUGUCGCGGUCAAGAUUCUUCGCUGGGGCCUGGAUACUGCUACUGGAUACAAGCAUGGGAAAGCAGUGAAGCUCAACGCAAAGGAUCCCGAGGCUGCCAAGCAGAAGUUUGCCAUGACGGAGGAGAAAUACUUGGUCCGCAACGUCUUCCUAGAGAGCGUAGCCGGUGUGCCUGGCAUGGUUGCAGGCAUGCUUCGGCACCUGCACUCGAUGCGGAGGAUGAAGCGCGACAAUGGAUGGAUCGAAUCCCUCCUUGAGGAGAGUUUCAACGAACGCAUGCACCUGCUAGUGUUCCUCAAGAUGCAAAAGCCCGGCCCCUUUAUGCGCUUCAUGGUAUUGGUUGCACAGGGUGUAUGGUGCAACGCCUUGUUCUUCGCCUAUCUCCUCAGCCCCCGUACUGUCCACCGCUUCGUCGGAUACCUCGAGGAGGAAGCAGUCAUCACGUACACGCGCCAGAUUGAGGAUCUCGACGCAGGCCGUCUGCCCAAGUGGGAAAAGAUGGAGGCCCCGGAGAUUGCCGUCGAUUACUGGCAUAUGCCAGAGGGCCGCCGGACGAUGCGAGAUCUCCUCCUUUACAUUCGCGCAGAUGAGAGCAAGCAUCGAGAAGUCAACCACACCUUUGGCAACUUGGACCAAAAGGAAGAUCCCAAUCCCUAUGUAAGCGAAUACCGUGACCCUGAAAAGCCACACCCUACCAAGGAUCUUGCACAUCCCAAGCCCACCGGCUGGGAACGCCAUGAAGUCAUUUGA